CGGUCGGUUACAAAGACCGCCGCGCCCGCCCUCGCCGUUUUCGCCCAGCCUCACGAUCUCGGGCGGACGCGGAGCCCAGAGCGCGGCCCGGGCCGCGGGCGGUCACGGUGACGGCGCCCCGGGCCGGCUCCCUCCGAGCCCUGCCGGAGAUGAGCGGAAGAUGGCUGUGUCAGGGCUCAAGGCCGAGCUGAAGUUCUUGGCGUCCAUCUUCGACAAGAACCACGAGCGGUUCCGCAUCGUCAGCUGGAAGCUGGACGAACUGCACUGCCACUUCCUGGUGCCGCCGCUGGGCAGCCCACGCUCGCCGCCGCAGCCGCUCACUCUGCACUGCAACAUCACGGAAUCUUAUCCAUUGUCUUCACCCAUAUGGUUUGUAGACUCUGAUGACCCAAACCUGACAUCGAUUCUGGAACGUCUAGAAGAUACUAAGAACAAUGAUUCACUUCGUCAGCAAUUGAAGUGGUUGAUAUGUGAACUCUGCAGAUUAUAUAACCUUCCUAAGCACCUGGAUGUUGAGAUGCUAGAUCAGCCACUACCCACGGGUCAGAAUGGGACAACAGAAGAAAUAACUUCAGAAGAGGAGGAAGAGGAAGAGAUGGCUGAAGAUAUAGAUUUGGAUCACUAUGAGAUGAAGGAAGAAGAGCCUAUUAGUGGGAGAAAGUUAGAGGAUGAAGGAAUUGAAAAAGAGAAUUUGGCAAUAUUAGAGAAAAUUAGGAAGACUCAAAGGCAAGAUCAUUUAAAUGGUGCAGUGUCUGGGUCUGUGCAAGCUUCAGAUAGACUUAUGAAAGAGCUCAGGGACAUAUACAGAUCACAGAGUUACAAAACAGGGAUCUAUUCAGUGGAACUCAUAAACGACAGCCUGUACGAGUGGCAAGUGAAGCUGCAGAAGGUUGAUCCUGAUAGUCCUUUGCACAGUGAUCUUCAGAUCUUAAAAGAAAAAGAAGGCAUAGAAUAUAUUUUGCUUAACUUCUCUUUUAAGGAUAACUUUCCAUUUGAUCCUCCAUUUGUUCGAGUAGUGUUACCUGUUCUCUCAGGGGGGUAUGUGUUGGGUGGAGGAGCAUUAUGUAUGGAGCUUCUCACAAAACAGGGCUGGAGCAGCGCCUAUUCCAUAGAGUCGGUCAUCAUGCAGAUCAAUGCUACCUUAGUCAAAGGCAAAGCCAGAGUGCAGUUUGGAGCAAAUAAGAAUCAGUAUAAUCUAGCAAGAGCCCAACAAUCCUACAAUUCCAUUGUACAGAUACAUGAGAAAAAUGGCUGGUACACUCCUCCAAAGGAAGACGGCUAAAUAUGUCGACUCUGUGUAGCUGGACCAAUGUUAUUUAAAGAAAACCUUUCCAACAUGCAGACACAAGCUUUGAAUGCCGUGACAACCGCACGGAGAUGUUAACGCCUAGAUCUUUAGUGGAUAACCUGUCACUGACGCAGCCUCAGUUCCGCCCUUUCUGCCUGCUCACUGAGCAGCUGGGCCCAUACCAUAUUUUUCCUGAUUGAUAUAUGCACUGCCACCUCUUGCCAUCUCUUCCUUGAAAAGUCAAAUCUUGAAGCAGGCAAGUCAGCAUCAGGUCCCUGCAUCUGCGAUGUCACAGUAACUUCCUUAAUACUGAGCCCAUGGGUUAUGAGGAUUUGCAAAAUACUGUUCCAUUUAGAGCCAAUAAAAGUUUAAUCGAUGUUCAAUGUUGGUUUAGAAAAUUUAGGUCUUCUAAACCCAACUUUUUCCAGGUCUAAAACCAUUUUAUGGUAUUGCCAGAAUAAUGUCCGGAAUCCUGCUCAUGAAGUUGUUAAAGUUGGUAAUGGUCACCGGAAGCCACAGACUCUCCUGAGCUCACGUCCUUGGUAGCAGAGGCUCCUGCUCCAGUGCCUGCUCCCUCGGGGUGGCCGAGGCAGGCUCCGCUCACUGUUGCUUGUCCAUUCUGCACUACUCAUACAGAGGAGCCAUGGGGUAGAGCUGGAAGAUACUUAAAGUCAUCUGAUUUUUCCCUUUAUUAAUGGGAUGUUGCAAUUAUCUGUAAACUUAUAAAUUGUCCUGAAGACAGAUUCCUUAAGCAAAAGCUACACAAUUAAGUACAAAAAGGUAAUUAAUUUGGAGACUUUACAAUUUUUGCUCUACAUUAUAGAUUACAACAAUGGGUUUUAAGUCAAAAUUUAGUAAGAGUUCUAUGUUAAUUCAUAAAAUCUGAUAUCAGGGUACCCUCCAUCUUACUUCCUUACCUGAAUCAGUCCUGUUCGUUUAGUAGUAUUUUUUAUAAACCCAAGUUCGAUUUAAAAAGUUCUAGCUGAUAAGCACUUUUAAAAGGAUACCCAGAAGCAUACUUUUCUGCACAAACAAGUUACAAAGUUGAAAAGUGUUUCUUUUGCAUUUGUUUUAAGCAGAAUUCUUUAAGAGCUUUAUUCAGCUCUUUACCUUGGUCAGCCACUCCUGAGACUGGCGCUUCUGCAUUGCUGUGGGUGUUUACUUUCUUGAGGUCUGAUUUUGGCGGAGAGGAGAGCUGGUAAAGGUUUGCUGCCAUUCUGCUCAGUUGAUUGUCAGUCGCUCAGAGAACCAGCGAAGGGGCAGAAUUCUUCAAAGCAGUGAAGUUCUCUGAGCUUAAGGCUAAACCUUGACUGUGCUGUGGAUAAGGGACAGCUCUUCAGAGCUAUGCCUGCAGAUUUGGCAUGCUUUGGUUUUUGGAUUUUUUCAUUGCAGAUUUAUUUGGCAAUGUACAGUAAAUUUUGUAAACUUGCAUCAAGUUUAUGAAUAAAGUACCAUUUAAAAAUU